AUGGCAACGGCGCGCUGUCCGGGAAACCCGAAGGCGCGGGAUCUAAAGAUAGCAGUCCCUAGCUCGGAGUCCAAAUGCCACCGGGUAGCGGGGAGCCGCCAUGGCAAGUCUUCCCUCUCCCACCCCUAUGAAGCCCCACCGCAACUCCUCUGCAGGCAGCAUGCCCGGACGCUGUGGUACGACAGGCCCAGGUACGUGUUCAUGGAGUUUUGUGUUGAGGACAGCACCGAUGUCCAUGUGCUCAUCGAGGACCACCGUAUUGUGUUCAGCUGCAAGAAUGCCGACGGAGUGGAGUUGUACAAUGAGAUAGAAUUCUAUGCUAAGGUGAACUCCAAGGACUCCCAGGAUAAGCGCUCUGGUCGCUCCAUUACUUGCUUUGUGAGGAAAUGGAAGGAGAAGGUAGCCUGGCCCCGACUCACUAAAGAGGAUAUCAAGCCAGUGUGGUUGUCUGUGGACUUUGAUAACUGGAGGGACUGGGAAGGGGAUGAAGAGGUGGAGCUGGCUCAGGUGGAACAUUACGCAGAGCUUUUGAAGAAGGUCAGCACCAAGAGACCUCCUCCUGGCAUGGAUGACCUGGAUGAUGAUUCUGACAGCACUGAAGCAACAAGUAACUAA